CUAUCGUCGAAUCGAGCGGGGGACGUAUAUUUCGAGUGCUGUUAAGUGAUGAAAGAUGUCUUGAAAGGCACAAUGUUGUUGAAACAAUUUAUUUUAGUUAUCAGUUUAAUUGUCCACGUACGCGCCCAAUCGCACGCUUACGAUUACGGAUAUGCAACGAACGUAAAGCAGUACACGAGGCGCAUACAAUUAAAACAGGGAACUCUGCAAGGGGUCGUAGUCGAACCGCGCGUAAACCGUGUUUUACCCCCAGUGGAACAGUUCCUAGGCAUACCGUACGCGGCACCACCAACCCGCGAGCUACGCUUCAUGCCACCCGGAAGUGCGCCCUCGUGGUUUGGUACCAAAAUCGCGGACUCAUUUGGGCCAGUUUGCCCACAGAAGCUUCCCGAAAAAAGCACGAUGGGACCCGAGCGAGAGGAUUACUUUGCGAAAUUAGUGAAACAUCUUAUUCUAAAUCAAUCGGAAGAUUGCUUGUAUUUAAAUAUUUACGCCCCUGUUCAAGACGUUGACGUACCGAAACCGAUUUAUCCGGUGAUGGUUUAUUUGCACGGGGAAUCGUACGAAUGGAACUCGGGUAAUCCGUACGACGGAAGCGUAUUGGCAGCUUACGGAAAAGUCAUCGUUGUUACUAUCAACUUCAGACUUGGAGUUUUUGGAUUUCUCAGAACGGGUCUGGAUGAAACAGCUUCCAGCAACUUUGGUCUGGUUGAUCAAAUCGCUGCGUUGCUUUGGGUGCAAAACAACAUUGCAGCUUUUGGGGGCAACCCCAAUCUGGUGACACUAUUCGGUCAUGGAACUGGAGCGGUAUGCGCGAAUUUACUGCUGCUCUCUCCAAUGGUAAAUGGCGAUGGUAGUCACUCGCUAUUUAAAAGAGCAAUCCUCAUGGGCGGAACUGCCUUGGCAGAUUGGGCGUUUUCGAGUAAGCCGCGGUACGUGACCUAUCAAGUGGCAGGGUCACUGAACUGUCCCAGUUCUGAGGCUGAGCUAGCGAACUGUCUUAGAACAAGGAACACUAACGAAAUUGUCAACGCGUCAGUCUCGACGGAUUAUUACGCAACGAGAUUUGGGCCAAUUAUCGAUUCGCGCGUUGUCGCAGGAGAUCCCAGACAAAACUUGGCUAAGUAUAGUGAUCUGCUAAAAAGGUUUGAGCUGAUGUACGGAGUCACAGAAAUCGAAAGUGCGCACCUUCUGGGCCCUGUGGGUUUAACCCACGGUCUACUCGAGAAGGAACGAGACCAAGAGUUGAAACGCUACUUGCGCUUGCGAUGUGACUCUAAACCGGAGUUAUGUCUAACUCGUACUUUGGAAGAGUACAUUGGCAAGGUGCACGAUUUCCCAGUGCAAGACCAAGCGCGUGGGAGCUUCUCCGAGCACGGAGUAGACCGAGCCAAAUUAGCUAGAGAUAAGCUGCUUGAAAUACUAUCCGAUGCACGAUCAUUAGCACCUGUCGUACAGAUGGGAAAACUGCACUCCGUUGCGAAUCCCCAGUCGUACUUCUACGUCUUUGGACACUCACCUUCAUCUAAAGAGCACUUGAGAAACAAAAGCGUGCAAGGCGACGAACUACCCUAUGUUUUUGGAAUACCUUUAGACGGCCCAAAGUUUCAUUUCAAGGACCAUUAUACUCCAUAUGAAAGGCUACUAUCAGAAAUGAUGAUGACGUACUUCUCAAGUUUCGCCUACACAGGUGAUCCCAACGUGAACCGCCGCACAGAAUUUUACAAUCUCAGUCCAAUGGACUGGAUUCGUUUUGAAGUCGAGUGGCCCGAGUAUGAUAUUGAAAAUGAGGCUUACCUGUAUUUCGCACUUCCACCGCAAGUCAAAUUCCGCUACCGCGAUGAACAAGUCAAGUUUUGGAACGAAAAAUUACCCAACAUUAUGAAAGAGGGUCCAACCGUUCCCACUUACUACGAGAAUUGGAAGACGACAACCAAACCCCCAAAGGUCACCCCUCCAACACCGAAGACGUACCCCAAGCUUACCAAGAAACCAACGGUCGGUCCAACACUGACGGUCAUUGACCAGCCAGCCGUUGAGCCGCGUGUAACUGAGGAGACGGACGCUGAAGCGAAAAGUGGCAACGCUACCAAUCUUUUAGUUGUUGUAGGCUGCCUCUUUCUGCUUAUAAAUAUUUUUGUGUUUGCCGGUCUUUAUUAUAAGUGCGUGCGACUGAAGAACAAGGAGAAGAAGAGGAGGGAGGAGUACGGCAUGCCGCCCAUGGAAGGUAUUGCCGAAAAAUCAGCGAAGGUUUCUGAGGAUCUACCGGGCCUUGAUGGGUGUAACCUCAUGAGCAUUAUCGGUAAACCUCCGAAGAGCGAAGACGUUUACGAGGCGGUGAAACUGAGCGACGAUGGCUCGACCGGUAGAUUUAAAUUAAUGCGACAGAUGUCGUCAAGCACCAUCGAUCCGCAUACGAAAGUGCGCGAUUGGAUCGCCCACGAAAUUGUGCACAGAUGCAGCCCUCGGUAUCUGCGUCGUACGAGACAGCAGUUAGCAGACGAGCAUAAAGCGAAACAGAAGCAGUUGAGUUCGAAGCAAGUUUCCAGUGCGAUUGAUAGCAACUCGACACUUGGCCAGAGCCCAACGAGGCCCGUUAGUCCGGAGGAGCGAACUACGGAACGCAGCCACCAGCUUAAGCCCAGCGCGAUUCCAGUUUUGAAACCGGCGAUUGCACCUAAAAAGAUGGAGAAGGUGUCCAUUGCCAUUGACGCGACUCCAACUGGGCGGGGCAUCAGCAUUAUGCGGCAACAGCCAAUAGAGAUGUCUAAAUCUUUAGAUUAUCAGCACCUACCACCGGUCGCAGAACCGAUCCUAAGACGAUCGUUCACAAUGGACGACGUGAACCUUCCCAGUUCUGAUGGAAACUUACAUUGUUCGUCAACGAGCAUCAACCUUAAGCAGCCCCUGAAAAUUCACCACCAUCACUCAAGAUCGGACCCUAUCGACUUACCCGCAGACUUCUUCACGUCAGUGAAACCUUGCGAAAUUGUAGAUGAUGUUAAUGUAACAUCAAGAGAUGAAUCCGAAGAUAAAUUGGAGCCACUCACCGCGGACCAACAGCUCCUAUUAAUAAAACGUAGAAACUUCCCGAAAGUUUUACCAGAUUUUCCACGACCUUCAAAGGAGGUCAUCGCAAUUAAACGGCGGUCGAUGCCAGUACCGGGAAUACUAAACGUCCCAAUACCUGAGAUAUCUUCUUUUUCACAGCCAACUUCACCCAGCGGAAAGUUGGGGCGCCUACCUCCGGCCCCUCCCCCGCGCACAACGUCGGCCGGCGGGAAAACUCCAAACAUUCUGCGCGUUUGUGAUUCACCCGCUGCUUUAGCAGAAGAACCACCGGCACCAUCGGAGCCGGAGGUCACAUUCAACAACCUAUACAUAGGGCCGUUAGUGCCCUCCACGUUAAAAAAGCAAGACCCUUACAAGCAAAGCAUACAGCAAAUUUAUGAACCUCUCCGACCACCGAAACCGAAGGAAGUUCAAGAGAAGAAGGAGCCAAAGACCAUUAUAAGCGCAAAUACGCAAAACCUUCCCAAGAGACCAGAGCCGAAGGUAGUGAUAAAACCUACAAUCGCCAAAAAAUCGACUGAGCUACUAAAUAAGGUGGGGGCAAGGGUCGUCGCCCGAAAUAGCGCAGAUGAGAAAUACAACCAGUUGAAGGUCACCGCGCCAACCUUAACAAGGGAGGGUGAUCCCAAAAAGCCCAAACCUUCACAGAUACCGACCUUAGUUAAAGACGGCGAUAGUUCGCCUAACAAGGAAUCGAUCAGUUCCGAGUCCACUCCAUCGGAAGAAUCAGAUACGGGAACUGUCGUUAAGCGCGUUUAGUUAAACUUUUUCUAUUUAUUAACGGAAUCUCAUUAGGUAAUUUAUUUUUAUGCUUUAUUGAAUUUAGGUGUUACUGAAGCUGCCCUUAAUUACAGUAUUAGUUUGAUAGUCGACUGCGAAGAAUUUCUGUAACCACUCUCUGGUGGGUAAUAACUAGUUCAUUAUGUACUUCAAUUAGAAUUCUUACAGGAUGUAAGGAUUAUUCGCCCGAUCUAAAGUGGAGAAUUGAAAUUCCUUACACGGGUACCCUUUUCGAAACUUAUUCAAAACUUAGUUUAAGUACAUCAACUUAUUAUAUUUAAUCAUUUGUAUGAAGACAAAAUACAGUAUUAUAAU